AGCGAAGCGGCUGUCUCCUUUUCUUUGGCUGCCGCCACCGUUGCUGCUGCUGCUACUGCAGCUCCCGUUGCCGCUGACGAUUUUGGGGGCUGAACUUCCCAGGUCAGAACCAGAGAGAGCGAGUCCUGUUGUUGCUGUUUCUUCUUCUGCUUUCGUAGCAGCCGCCCGGAAUCGACCCAGCCCGAGAACUAGCAAGCCGCUGUGCCAAAUCGGGAAACGUGGAAUCUCGGCUUUAUUUAUUCUUCAUUUGAUAGGCAAGAUUCUCAAGUCGGCAGCUCGGGGAGUCAGAGUCGUCUAGAGGCCAGAGCCUUCUGCAGAAGUGACUGAUGUAUUUUGCUGAGAUACAAUGGGCCCUUCUGGACCCAUGCCAGAGACCUGUCUACAGGGACAUUGUGCAGGACAAUUUUGGGACUCUACUGUCACUAGACGGAGGAACCAUGAAUUCAAAUUCACAGCCGGGCGGGCCUGAGGGUAUGCAGAAGCAAGUCCAAGGGCGGCCUGAGGGCUCUGCAUAUGGGGGACAACUUUCAGCUGGGCAGCUGAGUGAAGAGGCAGGAAAAGGAUGGGUCAAGCCGCCUCUUCUUCCUCCAAUGACAAAAGACAACGCCACCAUCCCACCCCAUGGAAUUCAUAUGGGGCCUGGCCCCAGCCUGUGCAUCCAGUGUGGAGAGAGCCUUGCCCAGACUCAGCAGAGCCUUGCCCAAACUCAGCAGAGCCUUGCCCAAACUCAGCAGAGCCUUGCCCAGCCUAAGAGAUCUCUCCUCUCUGCUGAUAAGCAAUACCCCUGCUCCGAUUGUGGGAAAAGCUUUGGUGUCAGCUCCCACCUCACAAUUCAUCGGAGAACUCACACUGGUGAAAAGCCCUACGAGUGCAAUGAUUGUGGAAAAAGUUUUAGCCAGAGCUCCACACUUGUCCUCCACCGCCGCAUCCAUACAGGAGAGAAGCCAUAUAAGUGCACAGAUUGUGGGAAGAGCUUUUCCGUUAGCUCCCAUCUGACCAAACACCAACGAAUCCACACAGGAGAGAAACCAUAUGAAUGCCAGGUGUGUGGGAAAAGGUUCAGCCAGAGCUCCACCCUCAUUCUUCAUCAGAGGAUCCAUACAGGGGAGAGGCCUUAUAAAUGUGAUGAAUGUGGCAAGACCUUCAGCGUCAACUCGCACCUCACCAUUCACCAGAGAAUCCACACAGGAGAGAAACCAUUCCGUUGCAUGGAAUGCGGGAAGAGUUUCCGACAAAGGUCUGGUCUUAGCACUCAUCAGAAAACUCACAUGAUGCUUGUGAGACCUUAUAAGUGCCCACCUUAGAAAGUUGAACCCACAAGUCUAUCUGCAAGUACCACCAAAAUUCUCCAACACACACACACACACAGACACACACACACACACACACACACACACACACACACACACAAAAUAACAGAGUUGGAAGGGACCUUGGAAGUCUUCUAGUCCAACCCCCUGCUUAGGCAGGAAACUACACAACUUCAGACAAAUGGUUAUCCAAUAUUUUCUUAAAAACAUCCAGUGUUGGAGCAUUCACUACUUCUGGAGGCAAGUUGUUCCACUUAUUGAUUGUUCUAAAUGUCAGGAAAUUUCUCCUUAGUUCUAGGUUGCUUCUUUCCUUGAUUAGUUUCCACCCAUCGCUUUUUGUCUUGCCCUCAGGUGCUUUGGAGAAUAGCUUGACUCCCUCUUCUUUGUGGCAGCCCCUGAGAUAUUGGAGCAUUGCUAUAAUGUCACCCCUAGUCCUUCUUUUCAUUAAACUAGGCAUACCCAGUUCCAGCAACCAUUCUUUAUAUGUUUUAGCCUCCAGUCCCCUAAUCAUCUUUGUUGCCCUUUUCUGCACUCUUUCUAAAGUCUCUACAUCUUUUUUACAUCAUGGCGACCAAAACUGGAUGCAGUACUCCAAGUGUGGCCUUACCAAGGCAUUAUAAAGUGGUAUUAACACGUCAUGUGAUCGUGACACAGAAAGAGAGUUUUUAAAAAUCAAUACAGAGAAGCAAAUUGACCACAUAAUUUUGCACUGGGAAGGCAGACUUCAGGAACUCAAUUUAGAUUUUUGUAAUUAUAAUCAAAAGAAGUCUUAUAUAAAUGUGCAUAUUUUGCCUUAACUUGCUUGCUUUGUGAUAGACACACUGCUGGAUAGUGUGGAAUUUUGAUAUGACACUUGAACAAGUGAAAAGUAAAGCUCUCAACUGAAUAAAGAUCCAGAACUUACAUCUAUAUGCAAGAACAAGGAUGAAUCAGGCCUACUUGGAAGUUAUAUUACUGGAUUAAAUUCCUGCUCUCCAAUAUGCCUCUACAAGUCCAGCUUCCCAGCACAGAUGGUUGGUCUUUUCCCUGAUAUAUUCUGCUCCAUGAAGAGACGGUGGUUGGAGAAAGAAUCAGUUUAUCAUUUCUGAGUUCAUACUACUCUUUCCAAUGUUAGUUAUCUGGAGAAUGUCUGAAACAUGAUUACACAUCCUAAUACACCAAACAGACAGUACUGGUAACAUGUGGAAUUACCCUCUCUUAUCAUUUGUUCUCCUUUCUUGGGCAAUGGCUAAAUAAUUCUUAAAGAUUCACAAAGCAUUUUAAAAGUGAAAGAACACAAGAAAAGGGAGGGAAAUGUGAAUACCAGCAACUCCUGAUCUCUUCACAUCAUUGCUCUGCCAUUUUGUAAACAGUUCCUUUAACCUAGUGGUUUCCCAUUUCUACUAUCAUUUUUAAAUGGCUGUUACUGUAAUUGUUAGCUAUUUUCUCUGUUGUAUGACUGUGAGCCUCAUCUGGGCCUGUGGUGUGAAUUAGGAAGUGGGAUAGCAAUUUAAUCGGUCAUAAUUAAUAACUUCUUUCUGAAAUGUUUGAAGGAGACACCACCUCCCCAGUUCACAACCCAAAAAGAAUACAUUUCAUCUGUGUUUUAAUUUAAAGGAGAAGAAGAGGAUGUAGGCUGAAACUUACAGAGCAAGACAUUUCCUGAGAUCUGGUCUGUUCUUUUGAAAAACCCAGAACUAUAGGGUAUCAAAGCAGUAUCUCCUGUGCUAAUUCUGCUCCUCCUGAUUUAUCUUCAGUUUUUUGCUUCAGCUAAGUGGCAUUCUGAAUAGAAAGAAUGUUGAACAUGCCUACAUUUAUUUAGGGUUAAAUGGGAUCUCUGAAUUUGUCUGCAAAGCCUGCCUCUUAACUGCAUGAACCACAUAUAAGUCAUCUUUUGUCAACAUGAUGCCAAAUUAUUUCUUCCAUGUGUCUCCAAAACUGAUAGCUGGAAAUUACAGCAAUCAAAAUUCAACAUAUGUGAAGAUCAUCUGUUUGAAGACAAUUUACAUAAGUGCUACUAUCAGAACUAACAAAACUAAAGAAUUAGAGAAAGUCCAUUCCUGCUUUGUUUUGUGUAAUAAUCUAUUGUACCAUUUUUGUAGCUUUAGAAGCUUUUCAGCCAUUUAUGUUUCUUUAUCAAUAAAUCUCUCGCUACUGUCUGACCCUGUAUCUGACUUCACUAAAAAAGAAUUAAAUUUCAAAGAAUUGCAUGAAA